CGAGAGAGAGGGGGUGGGGCCCAGAGGCGGAAGAGGUGUGUCUCCCUCACUGACACACACUCAAGUUUCCUCCAGAUGGCGAAAACAGAAAAAAUAACAGGAUAAGAACAGAAACAAGGAGGAGAAAAUAGAAAUCCUGGCAACAGAUCGAAAUAAAGACGGAAACCGUGACUAGACAGAGACUUCGGACCUUUGUACGAGCUGAAAACACAAAAACACAUGUAGGCUACUUUAAGUGAACCUCCUCCGCCCGAUCAGACUACAGCAGCAGACCGGAUAUCACCCUGAGAUCAUUUUGCGCUGUGUUUCUGUGCGUUUCAGAGCUUGAUGCAGUCAGGGUCAGGAUGGGCAACAGCAGCAGCGAUCGCUCCAGCAGCGAGAGGUCAUUCAGGGAUGGACAGUCUGGAGGGAAGGAGGCUCGUCCCAACAUCAUGAUGGACAGCACCGACGAUGCAGAGCUGUUCCACAGAGAAGAUCCAAAGGCUUCACCAGACAUUCAAGAGUUUCUGGCCUGGCAGCAGGACCUCGACUGUGACAGUAAGGAGCCAACACAGGCCAGACCGACCGUGUUUAGAUGGACGGGGUCGGCCAAGGAAGUCUAUGUGUCUGGUUCUUUUAACAACUGGGCCACUAAAAUCCCGCUUAACAGAAGUCGGAAUAACUUUGUGGCGAUUGUGGACCUACCAGAAGGGGAGCACCAGUACAAGUUUUGCGUAGACGGACAGUGGACUUUGGAUCCGACUGGGCCUGUAAUAACAACCAAGACUGGCACCGUCAACAACAUCAUACAGGUGAAUCAAACUGACUUUGAAGUCUUCGAUGCCCUCAAGAUCGACUCGCAGGAUUCAACAGACAUGUCCGACUUGUCUAGUUCGCCACCCGGGCCCUACCAACAGGACGGAUAUCUCAUCAAGCCGGAAGACAAGAUCAAACACCCUCCUAUCUUGCCGCCCCACCUUCUCCAAGUGCUGCUCAACAAGGACACGGGGGUUGCUUGUGACCCAACACUACUUCCAGAGCCCAACCACGUCAUGCUCAAUCACCUGUAUGCCCUCUCCAUCAAGGAUGGGGUGAUGGUUCUCAGCGCGACGCACCGAUACAAAAAGAAGUAUGUGACCACGCUCCUCUACAAGCCCAUAUAACCCUGAGAGGUCACAGUCAAGCUUCUUAUUUUCAGAUGAGAACAAUCUGAUGUUCUACUCAGUUGCUACCGAUGAUGUUUAUUGGAAACAGGACCAACAUUUAUAACGAAGCAUUCUGAAAAUUACUUUUUCUUUGAUCAGCCUGUUAUUGCUGAGCUGUUUGUUUAUUAUCACUUCAUAAUGUUUCAUAAUGAAAAUACUAAGUACAUUUUCUUGCCAACUAAGAUUGUGUGCAUGUUUUGGAUAAUUAUAUUCUAACUUUGAUCAA